GGUUGCUAUAGUUACUGGUAUUCUAAACAACGGGAGGUAGUAUUGUGGCAGUCCGCGAUGCAAGUACAAUUGUAACUAAUUUCUCAGAACAUUUUUAAGUAAACCUGAAUGGCGAUAUGGGAACAAUUUCUAAACUUGAUGAACCGGGUCGCCGCCGGGGCGUUGGGUUCGGCACAUCCCAGGAUAGGAAACUCUUUCCUACCAACUUUGCACCAAACCGUCUAGGAAACCAAAUGUUCCGCCACGAAGAGCCGCACCGCGGCCCGGGCUGCUAUGAGAACCAUGAGUUUCGCAGCAUGAUGUACGACAUCCAGAAGAGGCCGAUGUGCAAGAAAGGAUACGCCCUCUCUGCGAGGACCGCCGUGCGGUUUUUAGAGGCCAACAGGACAGUGACCCCCUCACCUCAAAAGUACCAGCAGGAUCAAUCCCGGUCCAGAAUCCUGCCGCCUGGCAAAACGCCUUUCAAUUCCUCUGCAGUGAGGGUUACGACCAAGCCGGAUGCAAGCCUCAGCAUGCCAGGCCCUGGGACAUAUUCUCAUGAAGUAGCAAUCGGCCGGAAGGUUGUCUGGCCGAUGAGCUUUGGGUCUCCAGAUUGGGUAAAAUUCCCUCAGCUUAAGAAGAAAACGCUGAGAGCAGAGCUCCAGUGUGACAAGGACUUCAAGAAGCACAGGGCCAGAGUAGCCUACUUGAGAAUGUACUUCUGAACGUCCUUCAGCGGUGUCGCCUGCGUCAGGAAAUCACUUCCUUUAGAGAUCACUGGGUUAGGGUUAGUGUAGUAAUAACCCUAACCCUCAUCCAUGAGCCACAGAAAAAACAGAUCUUAACUGUUUAUUUCAAAAUGUUUUGUUGUUUUUUACCAAAGCCAACCUGACAAAUAUGUAAAACAAAAUAAAGAAAUGAAACCAUA